CAGUUUUUGUUUUUGCCAUUGCAUUCUCAGAACGCUUUGUAUUAUCAGAAUCGCUUUGUAUCUAUUAAUUCCAGCUGUAACCAAUUAAUUUGUAAUCAGUUGAUUAAUUGAAGACGUCGCAAAGCUGAUGAGGCCUCUAAUCUUAAUACUGCCGUUGUUGGUGUGUUUAGCGCACGCUGGGCCGGAAGAGGAAGAGGGUGUGCGCUAUGCCAAUCGUUGCGAAGCCUGCAAAAUUCUUGCCACAGAAUUGCAGGAACGCCUCAAGGAAACUGGCAAAUCACACGAUGUUAUCGAAAUGGGUUACUCACUCGACGAUGUGAAGCCGAAGAAACGCACCGCAUAUCGGCGCAGUGAACUGCGUUUACUCGAAUCACUGGAGAAUGUUUGCGAACGUGUUUUGGAGUAUAAUUUACAUAAGGAACGCACCGAUAGCACACGCUUUGCCAAAGGUAUGUCGCAAACGUUUCAAACUCUGCAUGGACUCGUCGACAAGGGAGUUAAAGUGGAUUUAGGUAUACCCUACGAGUUGUGGGACAAGCCACCGGUAGAAGUGACGCAAAUGAAGGCGCAGUGCGAAGAAAUGGCUGAAAACUAUGAGGAUGUUAUUUCCGAUUGGUAUUUUAAGCAUCAAGAUGAAAAGCCGUUAAUUGUACAUCUUUGCGAGGAUGCGGUGCUGGCGCAAGACAAUCGAAAAUGUUUGACAGAAACAUUGCCGGCUGUUGAAAGUGGCAUAAAAAUUGAUGAUAAAGAAAAUACGAACAAAAAUAACCAAAAGAAGUCAAAGAAGCAGUCAACGAACAAAAAAGGUGAUACAAGUAAAAGCGAUGCGAACAAAGAAGAGCUUUGAGGGAAUACCAUUUAGAAAUUUAGUUUACACUUCCUAUUAAUUUUAUUUUACUUACUGAAAUUAGUCUUAAAAGCUAAGCAUGUAGUUGUUGGCUACAUCAACACUUCCACGAACAUAAUUCGCCAACAAUGCAUUGAAUUCUUUGCCUCUCAUAGCAUUUAUUUUUUAGUAAAACUUAAGAUUCCUAAAGCAUAAUAAAUAUGUGCAUGUUAAAUUAAGUAGAUAAAGGUAAA